GUGGCCUUUCGAUAAAGUAGUUAUCGAUUAUUAUGAGACAACUGGAAGCCAGAAAGCUUCUGUUACGAUCAAUCGCUUCUUAAACAGGUCAGAAGUCAUCGUGCAGUGUUAACUAGCUGCGAUGAAUGAGUCAGGAAUCCCGUCCUCGAGGAGCUUCCAGACCAAUAUGGGAAAACGGUACUAACGCACAAGACGCCGAUGCAAUGGCAGGAUCUGCAAAGGACGGGACGACACCGAGAGAGCAGUUAGCCUCCGCAGGGGACCAGGGGCGGAGGUGGUGGAGGAGACAGCCGCAGCGAGGGCGGCGACGGGAGGACGUCCGCGCGUCCCUGAAGCCGCCGGAACCAAGGUGCUGCGGCAGCCGACGGCCCCGGCCGGAUACCGUUCCUGGACCCGACCGAGGUCGUUCCGUCAGUGUUCUCCGACGUCCGGGGAUCGCGGCUGCCCUGCUCGUGCUUCCGCUCGCGCCGCUGCGGCCCGCAGCCCUGAAGGAUGAGCGGAGCGCUGGCCAAGGUGGCAUUCUGCUGAGUAGCAGUCGGCAGCACAGGUCGAAGCCCACCCAUGGCAUUGGACGGUACAAGCACCUAGUUCAAGCACAAGAGCCUAAGAAGAAAAGGGCAAAAGUGGAAGUGAGACCCAUUAAUAUGGGGACAGAUUAUGAAUAUGGGGUGUUAAACAUUCACCUAACUGCCUAUGACAUGGCCCUGGCAGAGAGUUAUGCCCAGUAUGUUCACAACCUCUGCAAUCAUCUCGCCAUUAAAGUCGAGGAAAGCUAUGCGAUGCCCACUAAGACCAUGGAGGUGCUGCGGCUGCAGGAUCAAGGCAGCAAAAUGUUCCUGGACUCGGUUUUGACCACCCACGAGCGAGUGGUUCAGAUCAGUGGUCUGAGUGCUACAUUUGCAGAGAUUUUCUUGGAAAUAAUCCAGAACAAUCUUCCGGAAGGAGUCAGAUUGUCAGUGAAGGAGCACACUGAAGAGGACUUCAAGGGAAGAUUCAAAGCUCGGCCAGAACUGGAGGAACUAUUGGCUAAGCUGAACUAGCUUGUUGCAGAUUCCUGCAUGCCAGCCCUGGUGAUAGUGAGUGCCAAGGAGUGCCAAGGGUUGUCAGAGUUCGGCUGGAGAGCCUGGCCCUCAGGUGGCAUCAGGAUCCCUCCCACAGCCCACAGUUCCUCUCUUUCGUGGAGGAGUGUUUGCCCACAUCACUAUUUGAAACAAACCUAAUAAAAAUUGACAGUUGAUAGUG